UUAUUGUAAAUGAAGUAACACCGAGAGUAACACCCUUCUUCCUUCUCUCAUCUUCUCCCCACUUUUCUCCAUUAUUAUGGGAACGAAGCAAAGCACGUCCUCUUCUUCUGAGGUUGUACUCACCAGACACAACAGUGAUAUCCCUCCUCGCCAUUCUCCACGGGAGAGGCACCCCGAGACACUAUCAAGGGACGACUUCUCUCGCCAUCUCCUAUCACAGAGGGACCUCUCUUCUACCUCUGCCUCAUCUUUGAGCAGAACCUCGAGCAGAGCCCACCACCACCAGGACCGUUCACUCCCUCCUGUGCCUACCAGCACUCGCCCUCUCCCUCCUCUCCCUAGAGAGAGGCCCAGAGAGAGGAGGAGAGAGAUAUUAGAAUGGGACUCGUUCCUGGCAGAGCUUGGUCUCCCUCCUCCACCACAGCAGGCUCCCUCUCUUCAGUUCCAGUCCCCUCCCUCCUCAAAUCACGGGCAUAGGCGGAGACGUCGGCACAGCGAGGACGAACUACGAGGUAGAGCUAUCCUCGGGUUUACUGAUCGGCCAAUCGGAUCACUUCAUGAUAAUCCUUUCCUCAUCCUCAGAGAGAGUUUCACAAUGAGAAAGUGUCCAGCUUGUUCACAGCUUAUACCUUCUCUUGAGUACGACAGGCAUUUCUCCAGCUGCUCCAAUAAACAGACCAUACAGUUUAAUGAGGAUACUCUAUUGUCUGAUGCAGGAGAGUGUAGCAUCUGUCUCGAUGACAUGAUGGCUGGUGACGAAAUCGCAAGAUUGCCUUGCCUCUGCAUUUAUCACGUCAAGUGUAUUGGCGAAUGGUUCAGAGUCAAGGAAGAAUGUCCACAGCAUCCUGACCUCAAGUUAGAAUCGGGCUCCGCCUCAUCGUAACCUCAAUUAUUAUUAUUUUUGCAUAAAUUAUUUUUCUUGUAUUGGAUCAUCAUAAUCAUCAGGUUUGACCUCACAAACAGAAAA